AGUGGAUUAAUUAAGAUUUUAAACUGUCUCCGAUAAGAUGUUAAGCAGAAAAAUAGUGGGAGUAGAUAAGAAAAAAGUGUAGCGUUGGGUGCGGCAGCAGAGAAGUAAGAUGGCUUCGGCUAUACCAUUUGUCUCCUCAUCCAUUCUUAUUUCUUCUUCUUUGCCCUCAGUAUAUCUUCCAUUUUCAACUUCACUCAAUUGGGUUUCAGCUUCUUCCUCAUAUACCUCUAUUUCCACUUGGGUUUCUUCCAAUAUCUUAAAACACAGCAAUAGUAGAAACCUCAUUUGCAGAGCUGCUGAAUACAAAUUCCCUGACCCCAUUCCUGAGUUUGCUGAUGCUGAAACAGAGAAGUUCAGGGAUCAUUUAGUGAAGAAACUUCCAAAAAAGAAGGAUCUCUAUGGAGAUUCUAUUGAUGAAAUUGUCGGAAUCUGUACUGAGAUUCUCAACGAUUUCUUGCAUGCCGAGUAUGGUGGUCCAGGAACACUCAUGGUCGUUCCAUUCAUCGAUAUGGCAGAUACUAUAAACGAGAGAGGUUUACCAGGAGGACCGCAGGCUGCACGUGCUGCAGUCAAAUGGGCUCAAACUCACGUAGACAAUGAUUGGAAGGAAUGGAAUAGUGGCAAGAGUGGAAAGAGCAGAUAAAUCAAUGAAUCAAGAUGUGGAGCUAUUAGUUUUGAUGCACGCUGUAGUCGCCAUAUCUAUUUGUAGUUCUGACAUGGUGGGAGAGUAAACUUAUUUACCUUUGAUUGCAAUAGUCCAUGAUAGAGAAUAGGAUUUAGAAGUUAGGAUCUUAUAAAUGAAUUAGUCUCAAGGUUUCUCUUUCUCAUUAUUUGAGGUUGGUUCAGGUGUUAAAUGCUAUCUACUAUGUGCAUGCUCUGUGACUGUCAUGUUAUGAUGCACAAUGUUAAAACUCCAUACAUUGCUAUUCUC